AUGGCAUCAUCUGCAUUCAGCGCCGCUAAGAUCGUCGGCUUGACAGGAGCUGCAUGGUUGUCAGGCACCAUCGCAGCCAUAUCCCUAAUCUCCAUUCCUGCAGUCUCCAGAACACUCAAGGAAGACAACCUGUCUGCCGCUCAUGCUGUCAAGCUCUGGAGAAACAACUUUGAAGCCGGAUUUGCGCUGGCCCCACCCAUUGCCCUCGCAACAGCAUCAUCUCUUGCAUCCUGUGGCUGGGCCGCGCGCAAUCUCCGUACAUCAGGCGUAAAAGACGGGAGACUGUUCUGGGUCGCAGCUGCUCUGACUGUCAGCAUCGUUCCGUACACGAUCAUCUUUAUGAAGUCAACAAACGACAAGUUACUGCGCUACGCGAAGAAGGAAAAGUUGACCACAUCUGAGAGCCAGGAGACCGAAGGACUGCUAAAGCGAUGGGUGUUCCUUAAUAGUGUGAGGAGCUUGCUGCCACUUGCUGGCGCGCUACUUACAAGCAUUGUGGUCCUGGCAUAG